GGACAAAAUAGCUUCAAAAUUAUUGGCUUUUUGACAAGCAUAUUCCACGUGUCUGAGCUGCCUCGACACACCGUCCUCUGUUGCUGCUCCGACCGGAGAUGCUCACGGCAGUCCACAAACCGCUGCGUGUGUCGAUGUGCAAAGCAGCGCAAGACAACUGAAACUCUCCCAACCCCGGCAAGCUACUGGACGCACGUGAUACAAAAGGAUGGUUUCGAUGUCAACUUGGCGAAACGAGAUCCGCUUCGCGGGAUGCCUACGCGCGAACGUAGUAGCGUGGAUGCAACCGGUUGCUUUCCACGAUCAUUGCGGCAACUUCCACGUCCUUGACGAGGUUCACAAAAGCCGACACGAGCUCCAUGGUCGCGUUGUACUCGAUGAUUUGACCCGAUGUGUCAAAGACCAAGUCGGACGUUGCCGAGGCACGUAUAGUUUGACCAAUCAAGCGUUGGACGAGGGGUUCGUUACUGAGGAUGCGGGGGUAGUACAUUUCGAGGAGGCCGCGCGAGAUGCGCUGCGUGACGAUCACCUGGAGCACACAACGCCCCAGUACACGGUUGUCGGACUCGUCGUUGUAGACAAAGUGACUGUCGACGUAGUCCAUUUGAAAGUUCAAGUGCACGGAGCAGUAGCGGCGAAAGUUGUCGAGAAAAAACGUCAACCCGACAAUUCCGUGCGCCACCAAGUCCUCGCGCAUGAUCGAGCGGGCGAACUUGAGCUGGGUGGGGUGGCUCGACUGAACGCCAAAGUGAAACAUGUUGACGUACUCUUUGACGACUUUCUCUGGUCGAGCUUCGUUCAGCGUCAGCGCUGCUUGGACCAAACGGAGUUGGUGUUCAAGGGUCUCCGCCUCCCGUGCCAAUUCUUCGACCUCGACCUCGAGCGCUUCUGUGCGCAUCUUUCUACGAAGCACAUGCGCUCGCUGGUUCUCUGCAUGUACGGCCUGUCUCGCGCGCUUCUUGGCGGCGGCGUCCGACGCGACUGUUCUGGCCAUCCUCCGGUUCAUGCGAUGGCGACGUCAGAAAACAAUGACUGACUGUUGACGUGACUGAUCAUGAUGCACAAUCGUAUUUUAAAUAUUUUUCGUAUAACGUCA